AUGCCGGGCGGCCGCCGGGGGCUCGUGGCCCCGCAGAACACCUUCCUCGAGAACAUCAUCCGCCGGUCCUCCUCGCAGCCAGACAGCAGCUUCCUGCUGGCGAACGCGCAGAUCGUGGACUACCCCAUCGUGUAUUGCAACGAGACCUUCUGCAAGAUGAGCGGCUACAACCGCGCAGAGGUCAUGCAGAAGUCAUGCAGAUGCACGUGGAUGUACGGCGAGCUGACGGAGAAGGAGGCGGUGGAGCGCGUGGACCGCGCGCUCGACCACCACCUUGCAGACCAGUUCGAGAUUCUGCUCUACAAGAAGAACCGCACGCCGCUAUGGCUGCUGGUGCACGUGGCGCCCAUCCGCAACGAGCGCGAGCUGGUGGUGCUGUUCCUGCUGACCUUCCGCGACAUCACCGCGCUCAAGCAGCCCAUCGACGCGGACGACCCCAAGGGCGGUUUGUCCAAGUUCGCGAAGCUAGCGCGGUCGGUGACGCGCUCGCGCUCGGUGCUGGUGUCGGCGCUGCCCGCGCUGAAGGAGCCGGCGCGCCAGAGCCACCUCGCGCACGUGAUGUCGCUGUCGGGGGACGUGCUGCCGCAGUACCGCCAGGAGGCGCCCAAGACGCCGCCGCACAUCCUGCUGCACUACUGCGCCUUCAAGGCCAUCUGGGACUGGAUCAUCCUGUGCCUCACCUUCUACACCGCCAUCAUGGUGCCCUACAACGUGGCCUUCAAGAACAAGACCAGCGAGGACGUGUCGCUGCUCGUCAUCGACUCGAUCGUCGACGUGGUCUUCUUCAUCGACAUCGUGCUCAACUUCCACACGACGUUCGUGGGUCCCGGCGGCGAGGUGGUCAGCGACCCCAAGGUCAUCCGCAAGAACUACUUCAAGUCGUGGUUCCUGAUCGACCUGCUGUCGUGCCUGCCGUACGACGUGUUCAACGCGUUCGACCACGACGAGGACGGCAUCGGCAGCCUGUUCAGCGCGCUGAAGGUGGUGCGCCUGCUGCGCCUGGGCCGCGUGGUGCGCAAGCUGGACCGCUACCUGGAGUACGGCGCCGCCAUGCUGAUCCUGCUGCUCUGCUUCUACAUGCUGGUGGCGCACUGGCUGGCCUGCGUGUGGUACAGCAUCGGCCGCUCCGACGCCGACUCGGGCCUGCAGUACUCGUGGCUGUGGAAGCUGGCCAACGUGACGCAGACCCCGUACUCGUACGUGUGGUCCAACGAGUCGGACGGGCCCGAGCUGGUGAACGGGCCCUCGCGCAAGACCAUGUACGUGACCGCGCUCUACUUCACCAUGACGUGCAUGACCUCCGUGGGCUUCGGCAACGUGGCGGCCGAGACCGACAACGAGAAGAUCUUCACCAUCUGCAUGAUGAUCGUGGCAGCGCUGCUGUACGCGACCAUAUUCGGGCACGUGACGACGAUCAUCCAGCAGAUGACGUCGGCCACCGCCAAGUACCACGACAUGCUGAACAACGUGCGCGAGUUCAUGAAGCUGCACGAGGUCCCGAAGGCGCUGAGUGAGCGCGUCAUGGACUAUGUGGUCUCAACUUGGGCUAUGACUAAGGGACUCGACACCGAUAAGGUGCUGAACUACUGCCCCAAGGACAUGAAGGCGGACAUCUGCGUGCACCUGAACCGCAAGGUGUUCAACGAGCACCCCGCCUUCCGCCUCGCCUCCGACGGCUGCCUGCGCGCGCUCGCCAUGCACUUCCAGAUGUCGCACUCCGCGCCCGGGGACCUGCUCUACCACACGGGCGAGUCCAUCGACUCCCUCUGCUUCAUCGUCACGGGCAGCCUCGAGGUCAUCCAGGACGACGAGGUGGUGGCGAUCCUGGGCAAGGGCGACGUGUUCGGCGACUCGUUCUGGAAGGACAGCGCCGUGGGGCAGUCGGCCGCCAACGUGCGCGCGCUCACCUACUGCGACCUGCACACCAUCAAGCGCGAGCGCCUGCUCGAGGUGCUCGACUUCUACCAGGCCUUCGCCAACAGCUUCGCGCGCAACCUCACGCUCACCUACAACCUGCGGCACCGGCUCAUCUUCCGCAAGGUGGCGGACGUGCGCCGCGAGCGCGAGCUCAUGGAGCGGCGCAAGCGCGAGCCGCAGCUGGAGCAGGCGCAGGACCACCUCGUCAGGAAGAUCUUCUCGCGGUUCCGGCGCGAGCGCAGUGUGGCGGCCGCGCCCGGGCCCGCGCCCGCGCGCACGGCGCCCGCCGCCGCGCCCGCGGCCGCGCCGCCCGCCGCCGACCCCGAGCGCGGCGACGCGGCCGGCACUGCGCCCGCGGGCGCGGCGGCGGCGCGCGGCAAGUGGGGGCGGCUGCUGGCCGGCGGCGGCUCGCUGGACGCGGGCGAGGCGCCCCGCGCGCCCUUCGCGCGGAGUCUCAGCGCCCGCGACCGCGCCCCCGCCGCCGCGCCGCCCGCCGCUGACGCCCCCGCUGCGGCUGUCACCACGGCCACCCCUACGCCUCAUGUCUCUGCGCUCGCACUUAAGGCAUCAUUCGCUAAGACACGAUCAGCCAGUGCUCUCACAGCGAGCGGACGACAGGACACCAUCGAGGAGGAGCUCGAGGAACGCCGCGCGGCCGCCCCCGCCUGCUCCUUGCUGGCUCCCGCGCCCGCCUCCGCCUCCCCCGCGCCCGCCCCCGCCUCCGCCUCGCCCGCCUCUACGCACGAGGCGGCACUGGCGGAGUUGAGGCGCGACGUGCGCAAUGAGGUGCAACGAUUGCAACACAAGCUAGGUCGCGUGGAGGAGCUCCUAACGAUGUUGGCGACACGACUCGGCGCUGACACCACGGAGGUGGGGGGAGUGGGGGCUGCAGGAGCAGUGGGUACGCCCAGCGAGGCCGAGCCCGAGCGACCGCGGCUCAAUGUAGACGCCGCGCUCGCUAGAAAACGACGCUCUAAGGCGCGCAGUAAAGGCGCGGCGCCCCAGGUGCCGACGCCGACCACCCCGCCGGGGGAGAGCGGGGACGCAGCGGGUGCGGGGGGGAGUGCGGCGGCGGGGAGCGCGGGGGGCGCGGCGCUGCGGCGGCGGGAGUUCGUGUAGCGCACGGCGGCGGCGCCCGCGCCCCCCGAUUAGCGCGCGCCGCCGGACACUACUUGUUCCCGCGUACAAACCUGACGUAUCGUAGCACGCGCGUAGACCGCAUCGCUUGUGACGCCGGGUAGACACGACUAGCUUUACGACAACGUGGCCUCUCGUGAUGAUCUCACGGACAGCUGGGACGUAGCGCUAUGUAGAUAGUACACUUGUUUAGCGACAGAUGGCGCGCUGCAGAAUUGCAGGUGCGGCGGCGACGCGAAGCACUUUGUACUGCACACUAUUACUUGUCACAAUGACUAAAAACGUACUUAAAUCUCAUAUUCUAAGUCUACAAAAGUGAACGAAAAAUUCCGCUUACUCAGAUGUACCAUCGGCACGAAACUCAUUCAUACCGUACACAAAAAUGUGCUUUAUUAAGAUAUGUAUGGUCCACGUGAGGUUCGGGACAUAGAUUUAUUGCAGAUCGCAUUAUUUUCACGAAUUCAUUUCGUUCACACUAUGUACAAGAUACGGCUGAGAUAAAGUAAUUACAUUACACUACACACAUAAUUUAAGACUAAUUUCCUACUUUUGAUACUGCGCAUUCUAUCAUUAGCUUAAACCACACGCGCGCCGCCGCUCGCCGCCAUGUUAUGAUAUUACUAAUGUAAGAGUGACUAUUUGAUAUUUCACGUGCAUAUAUAGAAGCAAUAACUAUUUUCGAGAUUUAUUUCACUAUUUCGUGCGUUUUUCUCCGGCAGGACUACAGGGGUUGAUCGGUAAAAAUUACCGGCAUAUCUACUCAACCUACUUAUAAUAAGUCAAUUAAUUGCAAUACUUGCGGGUCAACCAAGGAUUUCUUUUAAGAUUAUAGCUAUGUGAUUAAUUGGCAAAGUAAGUAGUCCUGAGUCAAUUAAUUUGUUUUUCUUCGAGACAUGAAUUCCAAUACAGAACUGUGUCAAAUAUUUAUAAUAAUACUAUUAUAUUUAUUUUGCAUCGGAUUAACGACAUCCCGUAUCUGAGAAUCCCGUGAACAAUUCUGACAAGUAGAAUAAAGUUUGCAUUAAGAAAGUAGACAUGAAAGGAAUGUAGGUAAAGUUAAGCAGUAGAGAUAUUCUGGAUAACGCAUCGCCUUACGUCGGAUUGGCCGCGGGAGUCCCGGAGCCUGCCGGAGGCGCUUCGCCGACACGCAAACGACCAAGUAUUUGAUACGACGCAACGAUUUGUAAUACUCUAGUUCGUACGCUCGGAGCCGCCGUACGUACAUAUCCAGUGCAUAGACCGGCGCGCCCGUCCGAAGCCUGUUGUUUACUUGUUUGUUGUUGACGUUUUGAAAGUUUAUCCGAGGUUUCUCCGCGCAGCACGACGCUAUCUCACUACUCUCGGAGUGCGCUCCCGCUAAGCAACGCUCCUCGAAUUAUCGAUCAUUAUAUUGUAUCUUUUUAUUGAAAAUAUAUCGAUAUAAGUA